CGGCUCCGUGGAAGACUGGAAGAGUGGAAGCUGUCAGGUCAUGAAAACUCUAACUUUCUAAUCAUCAAUGACAAUGAUUUUGUUUUUAAAAAAGAAGAAGUCCCCAACUGAAAAAAAACAAUAAGAAAGUAAAAAAUUAAAAAAGAACGAAACAGAAAUUUAUAUCAACCGAAACGACGUCGUAGGAUUGAGCCGUGGCAAAUAUGUAACGCUCAGCGGCAAACCGCAAACGCGAAGCUACUAGAGAAACCAAAAGUUCAGAGAGAGAGAGAGAGCGAUGGACGAAGAGGAACAUGAGGUGUACGGAGCAGAAAUUCCAGACGAGGCGGAGAUGGAAGGGGACUUGGACCCCAAUCACGCCGACGUUGACAUGUCCACCGCCGACGACGACGCAGCCGUCAAGGAGCUGGAUGAGAUGAAGAAGCGCUUGAAGGAGAUGGAGGAGGAAGCUGCCGCCCUCCGCGAGAUGCAGGCCAAGGUUGAGAAGGAAAUGGGUGCUGCCCAAGACCCUGCUGCUGCAGCUGUUUCUCAGGCACACAAGGAAGAGGCUGAUGCGCGUUCUGUUUUCGUUGGUAAUGUUGAUUAUGCAUGCACACCUGAAGAAGUACAGCAGCAUUUCCAAUCAUGUGGCACAGUAAACAGAGUAACUAUACUGACAGAUAAAUUUGGCCAACCGAAGGGUUUUGCCUAUGUGGAAUUCCUUGAAACAGAAGCUGUUCAAGAGGCUCUUGUUCUGAAUGAAUCUGAGUUGCAUGGUCGGCAAUUGAAGGUUUUGCCUAAAAGGACCAAUGUUCCUGGUAUGAAGCAAUUCCGCCCUAGACGCUUCAGUCCUUAUAUGGGUUACCGCUUUAGGAGGUCAUAUGUACCCCCUUACUUCUACUCGCCUUAUGGAUAUGGGAAGGUUCCCAGGUUCAGAAGGCCAGCACGAUACAUGCCCUACUACUAGAAGACUGUUUGCAUCUGGUUGAGGGCUAUAUCAUCUAGUAUAAGGCCAUUAUAUUCGUAUUAUGAGUAGUUGAACUCUACUUAUCCUGGUAAUUCUAUACAGGAUUAUUAUUGCAGAAGUGGUACAAAAUACAUUUAGCCUAUCUGUUAUUUAUUGAUGUGAUUGUGGAUUAUGCACUCAUGUCUGAUGUGAACUAGCUGAAUAAUGGCUUUAUGGAAAAUAUUGUAGCAUGUUAAAUUCUUUGUGUUUGGUAGAUUGUAUUUCUUUUCAUGCGUGUGGUCAAACCUCUUUGGUAUGG